CCGCCCCUGCGGGUCAGUGGGCGUGGCCCGAGCCCGGGCCCUGCCCCUGCCCCUGCCGUCCGGAACACUAGAGCUGCUUGCAAGAGGUCUGGGAGGUCCGCGCGCGUCCAUGGCUGCCGCCCUGCUCUCCCGGGCCGGUGGCCCACUCCGCCGAGCUCUCCAUCCUCGUGACUGGCGCAGGUUGCAUACCGUUUACCAGUCUGCGGAGCUGCCCGACACACAUCAGAUGUUGCGCCAGACGUGCCGGGACUUUGCUGAGAAGGAGCUGGUCCCCAUUGCGGCCCAGCUGGACAGGGAGCAUCUCUUCCCCACAGCUCAGGUGAAGAAGAUGGGUGAGCUCGGGCUGCUGGCCAUGGAUGUUCCUGAGGAGUUCAGCGGUGCGGGCCUGGAUUACCUGGCCUAUUCCAUUGCCCUAGAGGAGAUCAGCCGCGGCUGUGCUUCCACUGGAGUUAUCAUGAGCGUCAACAACUCUCUCUACUUGGGGCCCAUCCUGAAGUUUGGAACCCCGGAGCAGAAGCAGCGAUGGAUCACCCCUUUCACCAGUGGUGACAAAAUCGGGUGUUUUGCUCUCAGUGAGCCAGGGAACGGCAGUGAUGCGGGAGCUGCUUCCACCACGGCCCGGGAAGAGGGUGACUCCUGGGUUCUCAAUGGCACCAAAGCCUGGAUCACCAACUCCUGGGAGGCUUCGGCCACGGUGGUGUUUGCUAGCACAGACCGGUCCCGGCAGAACAAGGGUAUCAGUGCCUUCCUAGUUCCCAUGCCCACUCCCGGGCUCACGCUGGGCAAGAAGGAAGAUAAGCUGGGCAUCCGGGCCUCAUCUACAGCUAACCUCAUCUUUGAGGACUGUCGCAUCCCCAAGGAGAACCUGCUGGGGGAGCCAGGGAUGGGCUUCAAGAUAGCCAUGCAAACCCUGGACAUGGGCCGCAUCGGCAUCGCCUCCCAGGCUCUGGGCAUUGCCCAGGCCUCCCUCGAUUGUGCCGUGAAAUACGCCGAGAGCCGCAACGCCUUUGGGGCCCCACUCACCAAGCUCCAGAACAUCCAGUUCAAGCUGGCAGACAUGGCCCUGGCCCUGGAGAGCGCCCGCCUGCUGACUUGGCGCGCUGCCAUGCUGAAGGACAAUAAGAAGCCAUUCACCAAGGAGUCCGCCAUGGCCAAGCUGGCUGCAUCUGAGGCUGCAACCGCCAUUAGCCACCAGGCCAUCCAGAUCCUGGGCGGCAUGGGGUAUGUGACGGAGAUGCCAGCCGAGCGGUACUAUCGAGAUGCUCGCAUCACGGAGAUCUACGAGGGUACCAGCGAAAUCCAGAGACUGGUGAUUGCCGGGCACCUGCUCCGGAGUUACCGGAGCUGAGCCCUCUCGGGCUUGCCUGCCUGCGGACCGAGGCAAAGGGCCAGCAGCCUCAUGACUUAACUUUGGGGCCCGGUCAGACCAUAAAGGGACCUGCCUCAUUCUGCCUGUUCCGCCCCUCACUGUACCCUGCCAGUCAGACCGGGGGACGUCUGUUUCAGGGAGAGGAACUGCCAGCUGCUGUGACCUGUGCCUCAGAAGAAAUGAGCUGUCACUUCA